AAGAUUGAGCACCUCCUACUUCCGGCAAUAGCUGUAUGAAUUAUGAGUCAACAAGUAUGAGCGGUAGAUGGGGUAUUUAGACAAGUACGCGAGCCAUCGCCACAGAAGCUCAAUCUUGGUCCCGGCUCCAUCCCAUCCUCAGCCAGUGUCACCAUUCGCUUUGAACUUCAGGACGACCACAUUACUGCAAUGUCAUCCUCAGACCUACAUCCGAACGGUCGACUGGUCAAUAUCGGCACUCACAAUCUCGCCCUCUACUCUCAUGGCCUCUCACCUUCCUCGCCUAACGACCCAGUCGUGGUAUUCAUCUCAGGCGUAGCAAGUGAUGCCCUGAACUGGCAAGCUGUGGUGCGACAGCUAUCUCCCUCUGUCCGCACCUACACAUACGAUCGCUCCGGCUAUCGCAACUCUGAAUCCUCACCACUCGCUCCAUCGGCCGAGAACAUAGCUUUGGAGCUCUCGCUCAUGCUCGAAAAAGCACCAAUCUCCAAUCCUCUAAUUCUGGUUGGACACUCGUGGGCUGGCAUCUUAAUUCAAGAGUUCAUCGGCAUGAAAGGAACAGCUCAGAUCGCAGGUCUGGUGCUUGUCGACGCCAAUCAUGAAACCGCACCGCUGGUCAUGAAUGUCAACGACCCCAUUCUCUGGAAUGAGAUUGCCGCUGGUAUCGAUGCAUACUCUGCCUGGGGCGUCAGGUCCGAGCACAAGAUGACGCCUGAAGAGUGGGAUGCCUUUGAAGCCGCGGAGUCAACUGACAAGUACAAGCUGAUCGCGCACAAAGAGGAUGUCGAGCAAUACUCGCAAAGCUUUGAGACGCUACGCAUGAAGGAGCUUAGCAAGCGGCAGCCAUUACUUGGAAACAAGCCAGUCUAUGUCAUUGCCGGCACACGAAGCAGAGACUGGACAGGACUAUACAAUGCAGGCGUAGCCAAGGGUAAUGGGAGCGAGGAAGAGAGGAGGCAUGUCAAAGAGAUGAUUGCAACAGUUGACGAGAAGAACGCUGGUUUGAUGAGGGAAUUUCUGAAGCUCUCUACCAAAAGCGAGCUUGUAUUUGCUACAAAGAGCGGUCACUUUGUUCAAUUGUUUCAGCCAGAAAUCGUCAUUGAAGGUGUCAAAUGGGUUCUCAACAAGCGAACAGUAUCCGCUUAGCUAAUCACAUGGACCAAUAAGAAUGCUUCCAUAUCCCAUUCAAGCAGCGUGAAUACUCAGUAAUGGUCGGUAGCUUAGGAAGAGGAGUGGGGAGUGGAGGAAGGAAGUCGCCCGCGCCAAGUCGCUCGUUUCUGAACUCUCCCACCAACGAAGAUUGCACCAUGACUUUACUUCUACACCAUCACCCGGUUAGUAGCCAGUAGCAAUGAACUCUGCAAGCUAUUCGUCGA